CACUAUACUAAUAUAUGAAUAAACUAUUUUAUAUUUUAUUUAUAUGUUAUAUAAAUUGAUUAUGAUGUGUGAUUUUUUAUUUUAUUAUUUAUUACUUAUAAAUAUUAAAAAUAUUGAGUAUGUUAAUACGAAAUAUAUUAGGAAAUUUAUUUUGGUUAUGAUUUGAUAAAGGAAAUCUAUUAUUUAAAUUUUGGAAAGAUAUUAAAUGCUUAAAUCUAUGAUUUAAAUUAAGAAAAGACAAGCAUGCUUAAAUAUAGGUUCAAUAAAUAUCUUAAUGGCAUUCUAAUGUAAAUAAGUAGUAAAACUAAGGGGUAUUUCUAUUUUGUACUUCUGUUUUAAUAAAGUAGAUAGUUUUUUUUUGUAACUUCAAAUAAGUCAAUAAGAUAAAAAUUGAAAAUAAAAUUAUGUAUAAGUUGUUGAUUUGUAGCUUCAGAGAACUUACAUUCGUCAUUCAGUAGCCUUGCAAAUUUCAUAUUACUCGUUUUUCUUACCCGAGCUUAAAUAACUAAUAAAAAUGAGUCGAUUAUACGGUAAUCAUUUGAAUUAAAAACAAAAACAAUUCUUACAAAUGAACAUAUUUUUCUAAAGUUGGCUUUCAUUAUAUAUAUAAAAAAAUGUUGUUAUAGCAUUACUAUAUACUACGUGCAUCAUUGUUUAAAGCUGUGGAUACAAAAGAGAGAAUCAAGAAAUAGUAUAAAUAUUUCGCAUGCAAUAAUCCACCACGGGGUCCAUUAACGAAAUAAGAGAUGAUAGAUAUGAUCCAUUCACUUUUUUCUUUCUACCAAAACAUUUCGAAUGAAACAUCUUUAUUGAGAGAUACUAAAGAGAGGAUGAUGAAUUGAUGACGUAAUACUAACCAUUGAUAAUUUUAAUUCAAAUCUUUCUUGCUUCAUACAUCUGAUGAAGUUACUAUCUAUUGUUUUUAACAUUUUAUUAAGCAAAAAAGGAACUUAUUUGUAUAAUCAAAAUUAGCUAAUGUUUUAAAAGAAAAGAGAAGGCGUCUUAAACCAAAAUAAAACCCCUUUAAGACAAUUGACUUGUAAAUCAUCUUCUUAAAUUUGGCCAACUGUCAACACAACAACUCUUUCCUUACUCUAUAUAAAUAUUAAUACACAUCUUCGCCAACAAAGAAAACAUAUUCUUCACUAACUCUCUCUUAGAGAUUCAUGAUGCCAAUCUCAGAGGAAGCUUCUGGUAAGAAGAGGUUAGUUGUUAAGAAGCUUUUCGCUAGACAGCAACACGAAGGGUUUGGUGCUGUUGUAAGAAGAAGCAUCGGAAGGUUUGAGUUAAGAUACUUCGACCCAUUUCUUGUUUUGGAUGAGUUCUCAGUUACGGCUCCUGCAGGGUUCCCAGAUCAUCCACAUAAAGGAUUUGAGACGGUCACUUACAUGUUAGAGGGAGAGAUUUUGCAUGAAGACUGUGAAGGACACAAAGGGGUGAUAAGGGAAGGAGGAUUACAAUGGAUGACGGCAGGAAAAGGCAUAGUUCACUCUGAAAUGCCUUCUUCAAACGGUAAUGGCACUACUACUCACAACAAAGGCUUGCAGCUUUGGAUCAAUCUUUCCUCAAAACAUAAACUAGUAAUGCCGAGUUAUCAAGAGAUUGAGAGCAAAGAUAUAGCAGAAGCAGAGAAAGAUGGUGUGAGAGUGAGAAUCAUAGCAGGAGAAUGGAAUGGAGUUAAGUCAAAGAUCUGCACAAGAACACCAACAAUGUAUUUUGACUUCACUCUCUCACCUGGUUCUAAAAUCUCUCAGCACAUUCCACUUCACUGGAACGCGUUUGUCUAUGUUCUUCAAGGCCAUGGCCAUUUUGGGGAUGCCAAGUCACAACAUUCAACAGCUGCCGCGCAUCACAUGCUUAUUCUAGGCCUAGGUGGUGACCGGUUAGAGGCUUGGAACGGUUCUGAUUCUGGUCUGCCGCUUCGGUUUAUCCUUGUUGGUGGUGAGCCUAUAGGUGAACCAGUGGUUCAGUUUGGUCCUUUUGUUAUGAACACACAGGAAGAGAUUGACCAAACCAUUGAUGAUUUUGAGAAUUUUACCAAUGGAUUCGAGAAAGCUAGACAUUGGAAGUCUCAAGCUACUUCUGACUUGGGAUUCUUCUAAUACUUAACAAAUUGUUUUAAUAUCUUCUUACCUUAUAAUUGUUUAUUUUUCUUGAUUUUUUUUCCAUUAUCCAAUGUUAUUUUAAAUUAUUUGUAUUUUGAUAUUUCCAUUUAUUAGAAAUAAGGAAUUGUUUUAUAAAUCCAUUUUAGAUAUUCAACAUAUUAAAAGGAAAAUAAAUGUGUUAUAUCUC